CGAACAGCGGAAGAGCACCUGUCCGAGAUUUCAACGAGAUUUCAAGAGGUCGUAUAACUGAAGGUCACUCAUAUCGUACUCAGACAGAAUGGCCUACCGAUUUUCUCAACUGAGUGGAAGACUGGUAUCGUCAUCUCAACUUGCAGCAUACAGACCACAGGGAGUACAGGCCUAUGUUUUACCUAAAAUAACACCAAAAGCAGCUGCCUCUACACAGCCACAAACAAGAGAAAGUAGUACCUCUUAUAGUGUGACUGAUACAUUUGAAAAUGGUUUUGCAACAGGUAUUACCACAAACGCAUGGCACAGGUACAGAAACAAAGUACACAGGAAAAGGAAAGACGAAGUUCUAUUUAAUAUAAAACAGAAUGAUGCCGGUAUUGAAGUAUUCUUUUUCAAGCCAAGAGAGAAAGUAAUGUACUAUCUUGUACACAUCAUUGCAGGUUUAGGAAUGUGUUUCAAUAUAUACAUUUGGAAUAAAACAAAUAGAAAAAUGGACUGGGAAAGAUUUGGUAAAGUCAAGUUUUAAAAGAAAGAGAGAGCUAAUUAGUAUGUUAUGUGGAGGACAUGUCAGUUGUUUAAAAGAGACAAAUAUAAAGUUGAUAGAUCGAUAAUGAGUUUUAUUAAAUGUGUUGUACACUUUCUA